AUUUUUCCAUAUGAAAUGGCUCUUGCAGAUUGUUGCUUGUCCUGCCUCGGAGUGUCGGUGAGGACUUCCCGUGAACUUGCGUGUGGUUUGACGACUGGCCACUUGGUGGAGCCACUGCAUCAGUGUCAAGAUAAGAACUUCACAGAAUCUCUCACAACCAAAUUUCUGAGUACAAGUUACUCUCGUGUUCCCCACGUCACAUAUAAAUUGAGAUGCAAGGAAUCAUUCUCUCAUCAACUGGCAGCUGAAGGGGACAGAAAAAAGAUGGACACAAAGACGAGAGUGUUCGUUAUAUUAAUCCUUGCAUGUUGGAGUUCUCCUUCCAGAGGAGAAGGUGUUGGCCUCAAACUAAACUUCUACUCCAAGAGCUGCCCCAAGGCCGAGGAGAUUGUUAAGCAAGAGGUUGUGAAGCUCUACAACGAGCAUGGCAACACAGCUGUGUCUUGGGUCAGGAAUCUCUUCCAUGACUGCAUGGUCGAGUCUUGUGAUGCGUCUUUGUUGCUGGAAACGGCCGGUACCAUUCUGUCUGAGCAAUCAGUUGAUAGGAGCUUUGGCAUGAGAAACUUCAAGUACGUGAACACCAUCAAGGAAGCCCUGGAGAGGGCGUGCCCUGCCACUGUGUCUUGUGCCGAUAUCGUUGCUCUCUCUGCAAGAGAAGGUGUAGUCAUGCUUGGAGGUCCAUUCAUCCCCAUGAAAACUGGUAGAAGGGACAGCAAGCAAAGUCACGCAGACGUGACCGAUAAGUCAAUUCCCAACCACAAUGACUCCAUGUCCGUCGUUCUUUCCAGAUUCAAAUCCAUAGGAAUCGACGCGGAAAGAACUGUUGCUCUCUUAGGGGCUCACUCUGUUGGCCGAGUGCACUGCGUCAACCUCGUCGGCCGCCUCUACCCCACUGUCGACCCGACCUUUGACCCCGAGUAUGCUAAGUACGUCCUCAAUCGCUGCCCGUCACCGAACCCUGACCCGGAGGCAGUGCUGUACUCCCGGAACGACCGCGAAACGCCGAUGAUAAUUGACAACAUGUACUACAAGAACUUGCUGAAUCACAAGGGGCUGCUCAAGGUCGACCAGCAGCUGCUUUCUUACCCAGCCACUGCCCAGUUUGUGAAGCUGAUGGCAGCUGACAACAGCUACUUCUACAGUCAGUUCGCGAAGGCGAUGCUGUUGAUGUCGGAGAACAAUCCGCUGACCGGGAAUGAAGGGGAGAUCAGGAGAGACUGCCGGUUCGUCAACGCUGCUGCAUAAGCGCUGCAGGCUGUGUGAUAAUGUAACUGCUGUGUGUAAUAUCGUGUCGAAGUGUAUCAAGUUUGUAAUCAAUAAGCACAAUGUGCAAGUGCAGAUAUAGUGAUAUAUGGGGAAAACUAAUGGAAAAGGAAUCAAAGGUAAAACCGAAAUGUUGGAAAA